AUGGAUAAUUUGUUUCAUAAGUGCAGAUUGUGUCUAAAGCUGGGUGACUUUUGUUCUAUAUUUGAGCAAGAUGAUUCCAUAAAACUGUCCGAAAUGGUUAUGGCUUUUACAAACCUAAAGAUUUCUGAAGGUGAUGGCCUAUCGGAUCGUGUAUGUACUUCAUGUAUAGAAAAUCUAAGUACAGCGUAUUUGUUUAAACUGCAGUGUGAACGAAUAGAUACGUUACUCCGGACUUGCCCAGAUGCACAGCUUGAGAAACCGGCUGCGACUGAUUAUAAUGACUUAUUUAACCAAGAAUUUCAUAUGCAUACAAUUUAUGGCUCUGUGGAAGGUGAAAAUGAUGAAAAUAAUGUAAAAGACUCCAAUCCUACGCCUGAACCACUUGGGAACAUCCACGAAGUAAGUGAUGAAACUGAUAGUGAUAUGGACUCCAUAAAGUGUGCUCAAUGUAGUCAAUCCUAUAGCAACCAAGGUGCCCAUAUCUGUAAUGUGACAUGCACUAUCGAACAUUAUGACUUGCAACGAUCCAGCAGCAACGAAACCCUUGUUGCAGUUGAUGCACCACCAGCCAUCAAAAACCCUUUUAUCAAAUCAAUUGACACUCCAGUCAUUGUAUCUUGUGUUCUUUGUGACAAUAAAUAUGAAGACUAUGAUGACUAUGUCAUUCAUAUUAACAAAUGUACAACGAAUGUAAAGUUGCACCAUUACGUAUGUCCCGUGUGUCACGAAAUAUGCACUGCAAAGCUGGCAUACUUGCAACAUUUGAAAGAUGUGCAUUUUAAAAAAGAAGAAGUAGUAUCUGAUGAACCUAGUGUGGAUGUUGUGGACAGUUUCACUGCUAUCUACGAGAAAUCUAGGAAACCGAAAUCAGUUCGACGACAAAUAGGUUGGUCUAUUGAAGAUAUUUAUCAAGAAAUUGACUGCAAAAAAGUCGAAGAGAAAGUGACACCAACGUCCAGCCCUUUAAAGACAUUCUUUUCUAGGUUGGGGAAUGAGUCAUUGAGUAGACAAAGUACACCCAAGAGAGUAAGCUUUCGCAAAUUAAUUGAGACUGGAAAAGCCAAGACUUCAAACUACAUUCCAUUCCGGAAAUACAUACAAAAUUAUAAAGAGAAGAAAAAAGCUACCAACUACAGUCCCAUAGAGGGAAAAAUGCAGUUAUCAAGCAAGAUUAGACUGUCAAUGCCUGGUGGGACUUCAGAUAGUGAUUAUGGCACUGUAAGUGGCACAUCAGAGGAAUCAUGGAGAAUGAAGCAGAAUUUAAUUUGUGCAUGUGACAAAAAAGUGUUUAUGCUCUCAGAAUCCGUACAUGAUAGGGACAGGAUUGUGUCUAUGAUAAACGAACUGGGCGGUGUGGUAGCAGAGAACACGAAAAUGGAAAUGUUGGCCACACAUUUCAUUUCAGUCCUGCCGAACGAUACCUACACUGGCAUGAUGGUAUGCGCCCUGGCGACCGGCAAGUGGUUGCUUCACAUCAGUUUCGUUUACGACAGCUUCAGAUGCAAAAAGUUUAUGGAUGAAAGUAUUUAUGAGUGGAUGAGACAUCCAAAGAUACUAGAAAUAGAUAACACGAGUGUCGAGGUGGCAAAGGCAGCUGUAUAUUGGCACCUGGAGUUGCAAGCACUAAGCGCAAAGUUUCCUUUCGAGGGCAAACAAGUUGUGCUCAUCAUGAGAAAGAAGUACCGACAAUAUUACAACAUGGUGUUCAAGACUCUAAAAGCAAAACCAAUAACAUAUGAUCCGAGGACACCAGGCAGUUGCUGCUCUGCUGACUACUGCUUCGUGGACAUGAAGAUGAUAGAAAGAGUGAAACUUCGCUUUUUUGCUCGCCAUCAAGUUCCUGUCUUCCCCUAUCAAUACAUAUUAGUAUACCUGCUGAAAAAAGGCAAUGUGGAUGACGAACAUAAGUAUUUACUUCAAGAGUGCAAAAGGAUUCCAUCGAGGGAUACUGUUGACUAUUUAAAUCUUACAUAUUGAAUUAUAUAAUUAAUGUUGAUACAUUCCUAUUUAGACUGUUACUUUUAUUGCAUGGGCAUGGGUAAAGCUAAUAUAAGUAGAUAAUAUUUUAUAUACACACAUUAUAAAUGCUUAUGGGGCCA